AUGGUAUUCCAGACAGCACCGAAGCCCAGGACUCCUCUUGGCCUCCAUCGCAUCCUCUCCCCCACCGCUGGAGUCAAGGUAUCACCAAUAUGCCUCGGCGGCAUAAGCAUCGGCCACGAAUGGAAGUUUUACACCGGCAAAAAUGAGGAGCCAUUUAAACUUCUCGACGCGUUCUACGAGAUAGGCGGCAACUUUAUCGAUACUGCCAACACCUACAACAACCAGAUGUCAGAAAGGCUUAUCGGACAGUGGAUGGAAGAGCGAGAUGUCAGAGAUCAGAUAGUCAUCGCGACAAAGUACUCUGCGGGUUAUCGUGCAUCCGGCAACAACCCGGAGCCGUUACAGUCUAACUUUACGGGAAACUCUGCCAAGAGCAUGCAUAUAUCUGUGCGUGAUAGUUUGAAGAAGUUGAGGACAGACUAUAUCGACAUUUUGUAUGUCCACUGGUGGGAUUAUGCGACGCCCGUUGAGGAGGUUAUGAGAGGCCUCCAUGUUCUUGUUAUGCAAGGCAAGGUUCUGUAUCUUGGAAUCAGCAACACUCCCGCCUGGAUUGUGGUCAAGGCCAACGCUUGCAAACAACACGGUCUCACUCCUUUCUGUGUUUACCAAGGCAACUGGAACGCCGCCCUUCGCGACAUGGAGGGUGAUGUGAUCCCAAUGUGCGAGGACCAGGAUAUGGCGAUUGUAUCUUGGGGAUCAUUGGGCACUGGAUCGCUACUGACGGCCCAGCAAAGAAAAGAAAGGGAAGCUGAUCCAGAUGCACCGAAACCGCAACUCUCAGAGGUCACGAUAAAGACGAGUGAAGCCUUGGGAAGAAUUGCUGACCGAAAGGACACUACACUCCAAGCGAUUGCUCUGGCAUAUCUCUUCCACCAGUCCACAUACGUGUUCCCUAUCGUGGGAGUCAAUACGGUCGAACACAUCAAAGCUAUGCCCGAUGCCCUAAAGAUCAAGCUAUCGAAAGAAGAGAUUAACGAAAUCCACGAAGCAUCUCCUUAUAAUCCAGGGUACCCCUUGAACUUCACGCAGUAUAUGCAGCCAGUCAAAUAUGAUCUUUCCUGGACACCUGCAGAUCACCAGCAGUACCAAAUGGCCGCUUGGAUAGAUGCUCCUCCCAAGCGCCUGCCGUACCAGCCCAAAAAUUGGUAG